AUGCCUGUACCCACCGCCCCAUCGAGCUUUGCGCGUCCGGCCUAUUUAGAGCUCUCGGCGCUGAGACAUUUGUUGCACACCGAGGAACCUCCGAGGCUUCCUGCACGGAAAGUGGAGAGUAUAGUACCGAGUGGGGCUAGCCCAUCGCCUUACGCCGCCUUGAGUGAGAGCGACGAGGAAAGCGAUGGGACACCUCCAAGGGAUGUACGAGCAACCUCCAGACCACCGCCUCCGGCGUCGACCUAUACUGUGCUUCCAAGCAGAUGGUCCGAAGAAACGAGGCACCAGAGCCUUACUGUGUCGGCUGAGGGAAGGGAGUUGACUUUCCAUGGUCAGUCCUCUAGCGGUGACAAAGAUGCUGCUUCAGCACGGACGACUCAUCCUGCACCGGCUGCAUGCGGUAUUUAUUAUUACGAGGUGGAGAUUCUCAAUAAGCCGUCUAAAGGCUGCUCCACCAGUAUUGGAUUCGCUGGGCCGGAUGCCAGACUCUCCCGUCUUCCUGGCUCGGAGCGUAGCUCGUGGGGCUAUCAUGGUAGUGAUGGAUAUUGUUAUGCUUCAGAACGAGAAGGCUCGCCGUACGGUGUCCAAUUCCAAACCGGUGAUGUUAUUGGGUGUGGCAUCGAUUUUACGACCCGCAGGAUGUUCUUUACUCGAAAUGGGUCUUGGAUUAACGACGUGUUCGACAAUGUGGGUAAAGAUUGCGACUUAUACCCGUCAGUUGGCAUGCGAAUCAACUCAGAGAGCGUCCGCGUAAACUUCGGACAAGAAGCCUUCAAAUAUGAUAUCGAAUACCACGUACAACAGAAACGCAGUACCGUAUGGAAUUCAAUACUGACAACACCGAUCAGCGGGACGAUUGUAGAAGGACGACCUGGCGAGGUAUCGGAGGAGCAGUCGAAAGGCCGGAUUAAUCGCCUGAUUUUGUCCUACCUCGCUCACCAUGGAUACGCUCGGACGGCGCGUGCGUUCCAGACUCAGAUAGCACGAGCAAGAGAGGGGAUUGUCGGCGACGGGGACGUGGAGAUGGAAGGUAAUGGCGAAGACGAGCUAGAGAGCGAGAUAGAGCAGCGGACGAAGGUCGUCCAUGCUGUGAUGGAAGGGGAUAUCGACGGUGCUAUACAAGAGGCGAAGCGGUGCUACCAAGACGUCUUAAAGAUGGAGGACGGGCUGGUGUUGUUCAAGCUGAAGUGCCGGAAGUUCGUGGAGCUUGUGAUGAAGUCAACGGAGAUGAAGGAUAAAAUGAGCAACGGGGGUGAGGAGGACGGCAUGGUGAUGGAUAUUGACGACGAGGAAGACAAACCUAUCACCAAUGGACACGCCGCCGCUGCAUACGAGAAGGCGCUCACGGACGCGAUAUCGUACGGUCAGAGUCUGCACGGGGAGUACAAGGACGACGAGCGAUCCGAAGUUCAGGAUGUCCUCAAGCGCACGUUCGGGAUCCUGGCGUUCUACGAUCCACGUAAAGCUGUGGGUAGUGCUUCCGAGGUCGUCGGCAAAGAUGCGCGUAUGGAACUGGCAACUGAAGUUAACCAGGCUAUCUUGAAAUCGCAGGGAAAGCCGUCAAGGCCGAUUUUGGAGACUGUCUACAGGCAUACAGCGGGAUGCAUCGUUCAGCUCGGGCUCAUGGGUAUUGGCUCGGCUGCUUUCGCUGAUAUGCAGAGGGAAUUACUGGAAUAG